AUGCCCCCGCACAAAAUCUUCCUCAUCCCCGAAAUCCUCGAACAAAUCCUGCUCCAAACCCACCCACAAACCCUCCUAACCGCCGCCCAACGCACCUCCCAGACCUGGCACACACUGAUAACCACAUCUUCCAAGCUCCAAGAAGCCCUCUUCUUCAGGCCCCAGAAACCCCCUACAACCCCCACAACCCACCGCACCCUAAACCCCCUCCUCACCCCCAAAAUCUGGCCGCACCUCUUCCGCAAACGUCUCAACUCCCAACUAGCAGCAACAGCAACAACGACAACAACAGCAACAACAACAACAACCACAAACUACGGCUACAGUCUACCCCCCGCGGACCCCCUCGAAGAAGAACUCUACCUGCGGCCCAACGCCAGCUGGCGCCGCAUGCUCGUGCAGCAGCCGCCGACCUCGUCCAUCAGCGUCUUCGUCAUGCACCGCGCGUGGAUAUCCUGCGACGACGACGACGACGACGACGACGACGUGGCUCCGGCGAAGGUCUUCAAGGCCGAGGUGGAGUUUCUGACGCUGGGCCAUCUGCACUGGUCGGCUGUUGUGGGCGGGUGUCUGUUGCCGUUGGAGAGGGUAUGCUGUUUCUGGGACUUUGCGGAUUAUUAUACGGCGAAGGAUGAAGCGUGGCGCAAGGAGAUCGAGUUGGCGUUGAAGUCGGUAGAGGGUACUUGUGAUUUGGUGGUUUUUACGGGCAGUAAUUGGGAUCUUUGGAGGGUGUUGAGUGGGGGUGGGGAUUGUUGA